GGAAAUUCCAAAUCCAACUCCGGAGCGAGCGCACGGGAGUCGGGAGGAGAGCGGAACUCCAGCCGCUGCCUACACAGAUCAGGCGAGCUGCUCCGGCCGCCCCCGCCGAUCCGCCCGCAAGCCGCGCGCGGAUUGACUCGCCGCAAACCCCAGGCCCUCUCCCCGCCUCGCCUCGGCCAGAUUCGGCUGGCGGUGGGGGAGCUCCGCCCCGAUUCGUGCCGCUCCAAUCCGUCGCCAGUCCACGGGUUUUGCGAGGCUAGCGGCAGAUGGGGGUGGAGGACUACCAUGUGGUGGAGCUCGUCGGGGAGGGGUCCUUCGGGAAGGUCUACAAGGGGAGGCGCAAGUACUCUAGACAGACGGUUGCCAUGAAGUUUAUACUUAAGCAUGGGAAGAGCGACAAGGACAUCCACAACCUAAGGCAGGGGAUCGAGAUUCUGAGGAAACUCAAACAUGAGAAUAUAAUUGAAAUGAUCGAUGCCUUUGAAACCCCUCAAGAGUUUUGUGUCGUCACAGAGAAUGCACAGGUACUCAGCUAG